CUCGCGAGAAGUCUAAGCGCCUUUCCUGGCUGUCGGAAGCUGCGGACUCGUCCCGGCUGUUGGGAUCCCUGGCGCGAUGUCGUCCGCGUACUCAGUCCGAUCCUUCCCAGUCAGCAUCCCUGCGGUGAUCAUGGAGACAGACUGGACAGAGCCGUGGCUCCUAGGACUCCUUACCUUCCACCUGUUGUGCCUCCUUCUCACUUGCUUCUCCUCACAGAGGUAUAAGCUACAGAUCGGGCACUUCCUGUGUCUGGUAGUGUUAGUCUAUAGUGCCGAGUACAUCAACGAAGUGGCCGCAGUGAACUGGAGGUUGUUCGCAAAGUAUCAGUACUUUGACUCCCGGGGGAUGUUCAUUUCUCUUGUGUUCUCAGCGCCGCUGCUCUUCAACGCCAUGCUCAUUGUGAUUAUGUGGGUACGGAAGACUUUGACUGUGAUGACCGACCUGAAGACCUUACAAGAGGAAAGGAAGGAGCGGAGGAGGAGGAGGAGGAAGGAAGAGUAAUGCUGAACUGCUGCUGUGCGCCAUGUUGGUCCUCUGACUUGGUUGUUUCCAGCUGGGAACUGCACAUGGCCCAGAUGCCUACUGUCAGCCGACUCAUGGUUUGGAAAAGGUUCUUAUAGCUUAGCACACCACAAAUGGUUCUUACAGUUUACUCUGUUUGGAGCCCCGUAAAGCUGGUUCUUAAAAGACCUGAUGGCAUCACCCGAAACACGUUGACUGGGGACCCCUCCUUUCCAUGGUGGGAGCUUCCUGGUUCAGCCACUUCAUUCACAGCUUCUCAUAAGUUGCUGGUAGAUCUCAUUAUGUCACUAGAGUUCAUGAGGUUCUAAGUGUGGAAACUGGGAAAUAAAGAGCCCCGAUCCUGCUGGGACCACUACCUGCUCCCUCUUCUGUUUCUAGCCUGUAGCGGUGGUGGCUAUCAGCUAAGGGUGGCUUUGUUGCCCAGGAACUUUGCUGAUGCUUGUCACCGCAGGUGGACAUGGUACUUGUGUCCAUAGGACAGAGCCGAGUCCUGCAGGGCACAGGACAGCCCCCCCACCGUGGAGUAUUGCUGUGUAUAUAAUGUCAGCAGUACCCAGGCUGAGGGAGCAGUAGGUCAGGUCUGGGGAAGAAUGCGGUGUGUUUCAGUUCCCAUGAAGCUAGGCCUCUAAAUAAUUGAGUUGGGGCUAUGCCACUGGAAAUGUUUUGUUUAAAAAUAUUAAGCUAGAAUGAAAGCUGUAAAGUCAAGACUCCGUGGAAAAUAGUAUGUCAAAUGAACCGUUUGGACUUGUUUUUUCUGGA